UCGUAAAAGACUGGUAGAGGGGGAGGCUCGUCAUCAAAGGCAUGAAUGUUAGCUGAGUUCAAAGUUUAAACCAAACAAAUUACAAGAAGAGAAAAUUGUUUUCAAAAACUGAGAAAACUGGAUUGUGUCGAGAGGAGAACAAUUAGGAGGAAGAUGAGAAUGAUGGAUCAUUUGAUGAAGAAAGAUGUGCUUGAAGAAGUGGUAAUAAUAAGUAUUUUGAUAGGAAUCCAAGUUGUGUAUGCUGGAAACUCUAUAUUGAUGGGUUAUCUUAUGUCAAUUGGCCUUACCCCUUUUACCAUUGUUAUCUACACUUCCUUUGCCACUUUCCUCCUCCUCUCUCCCAUUGCUUUUCUCUUCGAAAGAAGCAAAUGGCCCAAGAAAUUCAGCUUGAAGCUCUUAAUUCAGCUGGUGUUGAUAGCCUUUGGAGGGGUAACUUUGUUCCAGUCUCUUCUGCUAAAGGGUAUCAAUCUAACAUCACCAGCAAUGGCAACAUCCAUGCCAAACCUAGCUCCGGGCAUAAUUUUUGUAAUUGCUUGGGCUUUAAGAUUAGAGAAAGUGAAACUGAGUUGCAUAUACAGCAAAGUAAAGAUAGCAGGGACAUUGCUGUGCGUGGCAGGCGCUCUAACAAUGAGCAUAAUGCACAGUGCCAAAGCAGAAGUAGCAGUGGGUGGUAAUAGACAGAGUGAGACUAGUGGAAUGGCAGUAUCACCACCACUCAAUGUUUUGUUCGACAAGGACAAGAUCAUAGGAUGCUUCUAUCUCAUGGCAGCCAUUUUUGUUUUGUCCACCAAUGUCGUCCUUCAGGCUGCAACCUUGGGUGACUUUCCUGCUCCAAUGUCUCUCUGCGCCAUUACAUCUUUGCUCGGUGGCUUUCUCACUGCAGCCCUCCAAAUACUGCAGUACCACAAACUCGAGUCUGGCUUUCCAGUUCUCAGCGUAUCAAACUUGAUUUCCUACUCUCUCGUGGGAGGUGUAGUGAGCGGGACAUGUGUGAGCUUCAACGGGUGGGCCAUGAAGAAAAGAGGGCCUGUUCUGGUGUCCAUGUUCAACCCCAUUGGGACAGUAUGCUCAGUGGUUCUCUCUAUUUUCACUUUAGGAGAGUCCUUUAAACUAGGAAGCCUUGCUGGUAUGCUGCUGAUGUUUACGGGGCUGUACUUCGUGCUAUGGGCAAAGGGCAAAGAGGGUUACAACACAUACAGCAACAGCAGCUGCAGCAGUGGCCAUGGCGAUGGCUUUGCAAGUGAGUUCGAUCCAGAGAAGCCUCUCUUAAGUUAGCACACCAAGCCACCUCUGCUUUCUCUUUUUCUCUUCCUUAGUAGUAGUAACUAGUAAGCCACAUUCAACCUCGAAAGAACAAUCAAUCAAUGGACUCUUUGGCUGAUUUUGUAUAUACAUGUAAAUCUUCAACUCUAUCAUGUACAUAUAUAGUUUUAGUAGUAGUAGUAGUAGAAUGCUUUAUAAAGCUCCUGCAUUUAUCAAUGUGAGUUCCUCCUCUGGUUUUUUA